AUGGCUCUGAUUGGUCGAAUUUCCUUAGAUGUAGUUGCAAGACCACAGGAACCAACUGCAAAGAAGAGAUGUCUAGAUGAGCCACAGCCGGACACAUUAAAACGUGCAAAAUUCUCGGACGAGGACUAUGAUGCAAAUAAAAGAUUGCGGAAAUUCCAGGAAUCUUGGAAAGUGACAUACCCCUGGGUGACGCAUGAAGCUUAUGACGAUGACCAAAAACCAGGACUCAUGUUCUGUGCUACAUGCAGGGCCUAUCCUGACUUGGCAGACAAGAGUUCAGCACUCUAUGUUGGAUGCAGCAACAUGAGAGUGGAUCCUUUGAAAAAGCAUGAAUUCUCAUCAGCGCACAUCAAAGCCACCAACAAGAAAACAAAGGACACAAUGACCAUGAAGGAAAGGAGUGAGUUGGCAACCAAUAGCCCUAUAGUCAAAGCAACAAAACGGUGCAUGCAGAUAACUAUGAACAUCUUAGUAGUCAUGUUUAACACUGUAUACUCACUAGCAAAGAAAUGCAAACCGCUAAGUGACUUUGAAACACACAUGGAGCUUCAUGUAAAGAACAAAAAGGACAUUGGUGGUGACUACAUGGAUAUUGGAACUAAUUAUCACAAUGAAAAGAGAGCGAAAGAGUUCUUGAUGUCGAUAGGGGAACAACUGAGAGUAACCAAGACACGGCUUAUUGAAAAAGUAAGGUUCCUCACAGUGCUGGCAGAUGGGUCUACUGAUUCUUCGAUGACUGAACAGUACACUGUUUUAGUGAGGUACGUCAGCGAGGGCUAUCCGGUUACCACACUAGCAUCGAUAGAGGACAUUGAGAACGCCAAUGCAUUUGGAGUUAAGAAUGGAAUUGAGAAUGGACUCAACAAAAUAGGGAUAACAGAUUCUUCCAAAAUAGUAAGUGUGAACUUUGAUGGAGCAGCAGUUAUGAUGGGAUGUAAAUCUGGUGUGAGUGCUUUGAUGAAAGAAAAAAAUCCUCGAAUUGUGUUAAUUCAUUGUGUAGCGCAUAAACUUGAGCUGGGAGUACUGGAUGCCGUUAGAAGUAUUGACUACCUCCUUAAAUUUGAAGACAUUGUAAAAUCCAUCUACAAGUUCUAUGCAAGAAGUACCAAGAGGAGACGUGAUCUUCAAGCAUUCGCAGAUAUAUUGGAAUCGGAGUUACUACACUACGGGGACGUAAAAACUGUACGAUGGGUAGCCAGCAAAGCCAGAGCCCUGAGAGCCAUACAGCAAAAUCUCUUUGCCACCCUUGGGCACCUAGAACACGCUGCGUCUGCGAACAAAACGGAAGAAAGCGGCAAAGCAAAGAAACUGCUACAUGAGAUGAAAUCUGCAAGGUUCGUAAAAUAUCUGCACCUCAUGAUGGACUACCUUGAAAUCAUCACAGCUACAUCCAAGAAAUUCCAACAGAACAAACUACUGAUCAUGGAGGUACCAGAUAUCAUCAAAUCCACCACAGAUGAACUGACGCUGAUGAUAGAAGAACCGGGACAUCAAACAUCUACUUUCUAUGACCACUAUGAUCCAGAGACUGGGGACUUCACAGACCAUGGAGACCAUGUAAUGAAACUGUCUGGACAACGUCUCACCACCUAUGAAGAAGACAAUGACAAAACCACUCUUCUCAAGCAAACUGUCAAAUAUCUUGAAGUGAGAUUUAUGGACUUUAAUGAGAAACCCCUUAAGUGUUUUGAUGCCUUCAAUCUGAACAAAUGGCCAACCAAUGACACGGAACUUGUGAAGCAUGGACGUGAUGACAUUAAAGAGUUGACUCAGCACUAUAUCGACAUCCUGACUGACACUGAGCACUCUUCAAUGCUUCGAGAAUGGACCAUCAUGAAAAACCUUCUGAGGAAGAAGAAAACUGGAAUAAACUGCCAUGACCUCUACUGUGAGUUGCUCCAGACCCAGCCUGCUGAUAUUCAGAACAUUCUAACCCUCGUGAACAUCAUGGUGUCAAUAUCACCUUCCACAGCAGAGUGUGAACGCCAAUUCUCUGCCAUGAAACUCAUCAAGAGCUGCAGGCGUUAACACAUGCACCAGGACACGCUGGAAGCACUCAUGAGGGUGCAUGCAGAUGGACCGCCACUCCAGGAAUACAAGGCGGAAGGGGCUAUCCACCACUGGAUGGACUGUGGACCUGGGACACGCCACCUAGCAGGCCACAAGAUCUCGUCAGCUAGUGACUAGUUAAUAAAGUCGUUGUUGUAUUGUUUGUACACAACUUUGAGGUGUAUAGUCAGUGUAUGUCAAUGACAUGUAAAAUUGCAUACACAACUUGGACAAUUAAACAGAAUUAUAUUUUUGGAAUGUUAUGUCUGAAUAACUUUUAAACUUUUAACUUUUAAAAUACAUAUUCUUUUCUUUGAUGUCACUGUCCACCGAAGAUUAUUCAAUACAUGCUGAUAUGAUAUAAUUUCUUAUGAAUGAAAAUGAAUAAAUAAAAUAAAGAAGAAAAGAUGUCUCUUAU